AUGCCUGUUGCCAGGGUCCUUUCAUGCGGGCACACUCUCCAUGCAGAAUGUUUGGAGCAUACAACACAAAAGACUCGUAUAAGUGACCCUCCUUGUCCUGCAUGUGCCAAACUUGAAGAGAAAAAUUCUCCAGAGAACCGAGUCUUCUCUAGGUUUAGGAAUAGGAUCUCAAGGCUUAGACCAUUUUCUGAGGAUGGGCCAUCAAGGUCUUGGAGCUGUGCACAGGUGGGAGAUUGUGUUCAAGGGGCUUUGCAGCCUCCCCCACGAAGUACCAUGCUAUUGCUUAACCAGAGUUGCAUGAAGAAAAAUCUCUUCGUGAAGGUUAAUUUGAGUAAAGAAUUUCCCUGUAAACUGAGGAAAAGUGGUUUGGCGUCUUUGCAACUUUUUAGUGGGCAGUCAAUCGAUCAAGGUGUAGUUGAAACUUGUCAUAUUUAUGAAGUUGCUGAAUGA